AACAGGUUGUUUGUUCAUCACUCGAUGCUGAAUACAUGUCCUUCAGAUCCGGUUUUGGUUCGUUCUGCUGGAAAUCGUAAAUGGGUUGUUCGGAUGGAAGUUUUAGACCAUGAGCUUUAUAUUACCAUAGGUUGGAGUCGAAUCAAGGAGGAGAUGUCGAUAACGGAUGAUCAUUUGUUGGUUUUUGAAAUGGUUGAUUUUAAGACGUUUGAUUUGAGUGUUUUUAGCUGUAAGCCUGCCCUUCUUACUUACCCUCCUGAACUUUGUGUUAUCAAAAAAGAGCUAACUGAUGACUUAAUUGAAGUGUCUGAUGAUGAGGUGCCUAAUGCGGUUGCUGCACCUGUAUUUGAACAGAGUGUUGAUGAUGAAGUACCAGUUACUUUUGUUGUUGACAACCAUUAUCGUUUGAAGAAGAAGUGGGCACAAACUCAUUGCUUGGAUUGAAAGAUGGAGUUGACCAUCAAGGACAACGCUGGUCAAACUUGCAAUGUGGCUAUUGGUAAGGAGUUCUCGCAAGGUUGUCCGCGAUUCAAUGUUACCGGUAUGAGAGAGUUUGUUAGAGACAAACGGUUGGUAUUUGGUUCUUCUUUUUCAGAUGGUAUUUGUUAAAACUAAAGGUAUGUUGCUUUAUAACUGAGUUGGUGAAGGU